GUCAAGCGGUCCAAGGCAGAGGAUGCGAUUCCGCUUAUUGCCGGCAAGGCCAAGAGCAAGGCCAGGAAGAGUGUGGCAGAUGCGCCGAAGAAGGAGUCCUCGGAGUACGAGUAUUACAGUUACUACAGUGAGCAGGAGGAGGAUAAGUCUGAGUCUUCCUCAAGCUCUGAUUCCGACGACGCCAGCAACGAGUGA